GCAAAAGGAGAGUCCCACAAGUGGUCGAUGCCACCAUGGCAGCCACGACGAUUGCGACAAAAGGAGCGUCGCGACAAGGCUCCAACUUUCAGUGGGCGUUCAUGAUGAUUGCGUUGUUUUUGGUCGGUACCAUGGUAUUGCAAAUUCAGCAAAUUCCGUUCGAAACCGCAGGCGACGCCUUGUCCCAGUCCAAGUUCGCGUUUUUGCACCCCAAUCAACAAGAAUCCCCCGUAGCUCUGCCGUACGAACAGCGAGUUUCGAGUCCCGUGAUUAACGAUGAUUCUCCGCCGUAUCACGUAGUCUUCAGUACCAGUUGUUCCGCUCAACAGCACUGGGAAUCCAUGGUCUUUUUCUAUCACGCCAUGCGGGUAGGACAGCGCGGCACCGUGACGCGCAUUGCGAGCGGUUGUUCCGAAGAGGAAAGCCAAAGUCUCAAAACCUUCCACGAACGGUACAUUCAACCCAUGUCCCCUAAUUUCUUCGUGCACUUUACGCCCGAUUAUUCCCGACUUCGUCUUUCCGGAGGGAAAGACGCCUACAAGUACAUGAACAAGCCCUACGGCCUGCGCCACUGGAUGGAACACGCGUUGGGGAUGCGCACCAAUCAAACCAAUUCCGCCGCGGUCGAGGAUGGUAUCGUCUUUCUCAUGGAUCCGGAUAUGAUACUGUUACGGCCGAUCGUGCACGACUUUUCGGACGUCAACAAUCACCUUUGGGUGGAAAAUGAACCCCUUACCAAGGUUGUGAGGCACGGCUUUCCCAUUGCUCAGCAAGACGGUUACUUGAAUAACGAAUGGAUGAAGCUCAACUUUUCGUACAUAGUGAACCGUCCCGAGGGGGCUUUCGUCAGUCGUCCCGCUUUGGAAGACGGCCCACGCUUGUGGAACACGGGUCCUCCGUACCUGGCGACCGUCAAGGAUAUGUAUCAGAUUGCCGUCACAUGGACCGAGUACGCACCUCGAGUACUCGACGUCUACCCGAAACUGUUUGCCGAGAUGUACGGCUUUAUCAUUGCCACUGUACAGCUCAAGCUACCGCACACUUUGCUCAAAUCCAUUGUAGUGUCAACAACUACAGCCGCGCUGUCUGAUGCUGUGGUGGACCAACCCAUUGUCGAUCGUUGUUACAGAAAUCGGGAAGGUUGGCCGUUAGUGGACGCGAUCCCAGACGACCAGAUUUGUGAUCCGUCAACGACGGCUAACAUGCCGAUUGGCUUACACUACUGCAAACGGUACAUUUUGGAGCGCAACUUUUUUAGCAAGUACCGGCUGCGGAAAAACAUAAUGGACUGCGAUAAGCCCCUGUUGCAGCCACCACCCACCGAUAUGGUGGUCCGGAAAAUCGACUGGGGGAUCUGGCCCCCACGAGCCGAUCUUAGCGAUCGUAACAUCUACAACGAAGAACGCUCCAAAAUUCGCAGCAAGCCGAAGCGAGAAGCUUUUAUGCUGUGUAAUUUGGUAAGAUCCAUUAACGAGGCACUACGGUAUCACAAAGAGCUGGCGUGCGACGGAAAUGCGAAUUGGAACGAAGUGUACAAUCUCUAUGACGAUCCAGCACGACAUUGA